AUGGUGAAAGAAAUCGAAAAAACGGCGCAGGUCGAAAUGUACCCCCAAGUUUCAUACCUCCUUCCGUUGGAAAAGUUGUACACGGUUCAAAUCGGCCACAAGUCGUUCAAGCUCAGCGGGGCAUCGCUUUCGUCCGACUCCCCGUCCUACUUCACGGAAUACUUCAAAGAUGAGGAGAAGCAGAACAGCACGCUUAUGAUAGACCGGUCGCCCGAGGUUUUUGUCAAGAUCCAGCUUCACUUACAAGGCUACUACAUCGAGAUUGAUAACGCGAUUGAAUUCACCUAUCUCUUUGCGGACGCCCACUACUACAAGCUCCCACGAUUGAAAAAGAUUUUGUACCUGUACGACUACUUUGCGACAAUUGGGGGCCGCGGCUUCCGGAUCCCGCGCAAGCUCGUGCUGAUCCCUGGGGACUACCCCAACUUCUUGUCCAUCUCCUACGAUGCCGCCUUCCGGGAUCCGCAAGUUGUCGUGGCGAUGAAAAAUAUGUUGAGACCACCACCGCAGGAAAACAUUGUGGUGGGCGACCGGUCUGCACAGUUGUUCCACGAGCUCUUGAGGACGCUUGAGGGCGAUACCGUGCAUGUGCGCGACGAGACCCACCGAGCGGACUUGAUCCAGGAGUGCCGCUACUACAACUUCAAGGCAUUGGAACAGCAGUUUGUCAAAUGCAAAAUCUCUACAAACCCAUUCACCCUUCGUGAAGAAAUUACCAUGGGCAGCAUCAGCGACAUUUCCCCUAGAACGUUGCUCAACCCGACUCUUAAUGCGCCCCGUAGCCCUUCAUCGCCCGCUGACGGACUUGAGUUUGUUCCGUUGCAGUACAAACGUCCGUACUUAGACCAGGUUCUGUCUCUCCAGGUCAAAGAGGUGUACCGCGAGCUAAUCUUGCAGAUCUCCCUGGCCAACCUGGAGAUUACAAAGUUGUCCCUCGACACGGCAAACAACAGUGUGUUCCUCAAGCUCUCUCCGCAAUACUCCAAGACGUAUUUGGCCAAGUUUGGUCGAUUUUUGCCCGACAGAGAGGACAUUAUUCGUAGUGGCAGCGGUAAGGAGAUCUUCAUUGUCUGCGACUUAGAGGAUUGCCAUUGUACGAUCAACGGAAAGAGCAUGCCGAAAAACUGGUUAGAUAAUGUUAUGACCAGUCGGAGCGACGGCCAGUUAUCCAACGGUGGAACCCUGGGCUUGCCAGAGAAACACGUCAUCGAGUUCAAGUUGUUGCAGUCGCAGUGGAAGCUCAACGUCCAGGGAAGUCGUGUGGUUGCCCGCGGACUCAAGAUAAUGGGAAUCAGCGACACGUACAACAUGUAUUCGCAAGCGGCGUUUUUGUAA